CUGCUAUCGAAACUUCAACUAUUAUGAUUUCGUUUCCAGUUUUGUUCAAUAGUCUGAAAGAAUCAUAUGGGAUCGGUUUUGAAGAUCGAGAUGUUGCACAAGUACCAGAUCCUGAAGAUGAUCACGAACUCCAAGAAAACAAUCUCGAAGCCAAUAUGAAUCCGAUGAAGUAAGUACAACUAGUGCAUCACGCGACGUCGUCGACCACUAGCAUGCCCCCACAGCUUCUGCGAUCGGUUGUUGUCUAUCAAGGAAGAAAUAGCAAAGCGAACUCCCGAGACGUCGUGUUAGGAACCAGAGGUCAGCGUGAGGAUGUCUUCCGCGCACUAUGGCCGUGUCGUGCCGGUGGCUCUGCAAAAGUUCCGACGGCUCGGGUGCUGGCCGUUGCAAAAGCAGCAAGACUCUUUCGGGUUCUUUAUUCGAUUACUUUUCUCAUCCGGUGACCUUUCGCAGAUGAGGGAGAAGUUAGGAACACUCGUAAAAAAGCGUAUCUUGCGGUCUACUCCUUUACACCCGAACUACGCGUACGAGUUGCCGGGCGACCUUCCUCCCGGAAUGCACUUUGUCGUUUGUCUGACGCGGCUGCGCCACGUGUACCGCCUGGACAGCUGGUUGAAUUUACGCAGGGGUCUGGAUACCGUUCUGAAGCAGAAGCUGAAGCUGAACCAGGUCGUGUCCUCUCCGGAUCAUAAUCUGUCCGGUCAGAAGACCGAGCAGGCAGGAGAAAGUAAAGCCCAAGUGGGGCGGCCCUCGUGCUCGUCGUUAUUUUCAAGUUCCUCUCUAGGAGGCGGAGGAGCGCAACAACAGGACAGCCUGCGUUGCUCGCCUUCUCGCGCGGAAAAAAUCGAAACUGGCGAAAACGAGAAAGUAAAAGGGAACGGCCCGACAAUGAAGAGAGAUGAAUGCGUUCUAAAAUCUUCAGAUAUGUUUGUGAAAAAACCCGGACCUCCUCCACAACAAGAGGCUCCCCAGAGAAGUGGACCAAGAACUACUACGAGUCUGCGACACAAUUCGCACCGCGAGUAUGGGGCCUAUCCCGCCGACGGUGGCUGUCUGAGAACAAGAACUGCUUUUCCUGCAGCUAGCCCGCCCGCACCGACUUGUGGACUCCUCUUGUCGCGACCAGAUGAGGACCACGCACGGACCUCCGCAGGUGUUGAUGAAACAAGCGCGGCUAAGACUAUCACCUCGGUUGAGGAGGAGCAGGACAACGACAAGCAGCGCGGUAACGAAAACACGCAUGUGCUACAACAAGAUGUUGGGUACUAUCAAGUAGAUGAACUACAUCAAGAACUACCGAAAGUGCUACCAAACAAUGUGGGCUUAUCUUCUUCUGGAGAUGAAAUGCGCAUGUACGUUGUGUGUAUGUUGCCCAUUUUCCCGCUGACCAGACUGAUGUGGCACUUUUUCGUUCGCAGGUGGCGCAACAAGUUGGAAAAGUAUUUCGCGGAGGUCAGAAGCCUAAAGGACCACAGUCACAGCGAGAGCACAACAAGCAUCAAGAGUUGUGAAGAUCCGCUCGGUGAGGAGGCAGGAAAAAUCGAGUUUCUGACCACGGUGACCUGGAAGAGUCAGUAUUUCCGUGAAAUGAAACUUCACGAGGAUGGUCGUGCGUGGGGUUUCUUGGUUAAAAACGACGGGGAAAUCCUCUGGUGUUCCGACGAAGAUUUCGACGAAGACACGCAGGGCCCGAUGGUUGAGAAAGCGGUGGAGGAAGAGGUGCAGUGGCGGGUGAAAAGACAAGCAUUACUGCUCGGGGAGAUGGGUGGCCAGUCAGCCGGCGAGAAGCAACGACUUGUAGAGUAAAAAUCAUAAUAGUCGUGUUUCUUCAGGACGGUAGUUGUGCCACGAGUGAAGUACGUCAAAUUUGGCAGGACCACGGAAUGACGGAUAGAAGAGACGACAGAAGAGUGCUGAUUUCGACAUGUUCCUAACACAGCCUUUUAGCCCCUGGGCUCUCGCAUUAAUUUCGGAUUUUGCUACAUUGUGCAUCGUGAAAAUUACAUGGGCCGCAAGGUUUUGGAUUGCUGGAUAAAAUUUGCUCGCGGUUCUUUCUCCUUUCGAAUUGACUUUGUCUCCAUAUCGGUCUGACUUUGUUAUUCCUUCGCGCUGAUUACACAC